AUGGCGGCGACUGCGCUCACCAACAUCUACCCUACCUCUUAUCCGGUGGGUCACUUUUACUGUGUCUGCUGCGGAAACUCUUCGCCCGGUGCGCCUCCGCUGCUGGAUGCUCCGUCAAAGCGCGUCCGCUAUCCGCUUCCGCCGGCUGAGAGUGCUCCAGGAGACUCGGCUGAUGUCCGCCUUGGCCUUGCUCACUCUCUCCCGCCGCUGCUGGUGGUUGUCUACCACACUGCCGCGGGGUCUGAUGCCGCUGCUGCAGUCCGCGCUGCCCUUGGUGCCGCGUUGGCCGAUACGGUUGCUGCCGGUCUCGGCUCGCUCCGGGUGGCCAUGAUCGCCGUUGGCGGCGCGGUCACGGUCUACGAUUUGCAUUUGGAUGAUGUGGUCCACGGCAGGGUCGUUGCCGGCGCUCGCGCACUGGGCGAGACUACCCGAGCCGGGCUUGCCGCCAACGCGGCGCAGAGCUGCGUCGAUGCCGCGCUGCCUGCCACGGCCGUCGCUGUUGACGCCGUGGUGGCGUCUUGGACCGGUGCCCCUAGCGCGCCAGGUGGCCAGCUCGCGCUGGCGGUUGCGCUCGAUGCUGCCCUUGAGCUCUGCGCCGCCCACGGCUCCACCGCUGGAGGCAGCGUGCUCCUUGUGACUGCUGCGCAUCCCAACUACGGGCCGGGGGCUACCGUGCCUGCGCCGAGCUCGGCCGCCGAGUCGCUGCUCAACACCGAGGCGCUCGGCGUGCUCGACGACCUGGCGGCACGAGCCUACGAGCUCGACGUGGCCAUCGACGCUGUCGUCACCUCGGCGCUCGGCAACCGGGUUGUGACGCCGGCACUGGUGGCGCUGGCCCGUUCCACUGGCGGGGCUCUCGCGUGUGAUUUGGGCGUCCUGCCGCAGAUGGUACUCGACCGGAGUGCAUGCCUUGCCGCCCGCGCACUGGCGGCGGCGCCUCGGGUCAUCGAGCUCACCCUGCCGCGCGGUCUCGAGGUGGCGCACGUCCUCGGCCCAGUUGUCGAGCUCGAGCCCGGACUCGACGAGCUCGGCUCGGUCCGGAUCACCACAGCGCCGCUAAGCGCCGACGCCGGCCUCACAGUCGUGCUCGCUCACGAGGGCGAGGUCAAGCCCGGGCGGGUUUACUUUCAGGUCCGAGUCUUUGAGCCUGACGCGGUGACCGUCGUCACCCGCCCGCUGCAGGUGGUGCCUGCGCCAGACGCCGACGCCGCGCUGGCGGCGGUCGAUCCGCGCGCGCUGGCCGUUGUCGAGGUCAAGCAGAUUGUCGCCGACGUGCUGCGACAGCUAGAAGACGAUUUGAAGCUGGGAGUGGCCGACGGCCGGUCGGCUGGGCGUGAGGCCCUCGAGCAGCGGCUGCGGGCGCUUGCCGGCGCCGCGGCCGACGCCGGCCGAGCCAACACCGCCGAGCAGGCGCUGGACCGGCUACCGUUUGAGCUCCGCACCAUGGCUCGCCUGCUGUAUGCAGCGUGGCGCGGACCAAUCUUUGGCGUAGGCUCGCCGUUCGACACGCUCGACGCAUGGUCAUUGGCGGCCACCAGCCUUGUCGACGCCGCGUACCCGCUGGCAGCGCGGAUGGUCGAGCCGCAGCUGGCGACAGUCUUGCCGCGCGCAGACGGCUCGGCAGUCCCCCUGGCGCUGACCCGACUCUCCUCACUCUCGCUCGCUUCCGACAGCGUUCUUGUCUAUGACGCCGGCCUAAUGAUGGUGGUGUGGAUUGGAACGCAAGGUGGCUCACCCGACGACGCCCUUCUCUACGCGCAGCAGCUUGCUGGAGCCCGGACCAUCCCACUCCCUGUUGCUGUGGUCGACCAACGGCUCCCCGGAGCGCGCGACAUUCUUGCACCGCUUCUUGAGCCGUGCCACCUCGACGCCUCAAACGUCCAACUCUACGACGACCCUGUCCUCGCCGAUCUGCCCGAGAACGAGCUUUCCGCUCGUCGGUCCGCUGCCCGUGCCCGCAAGACGCCACCGGACGCUACCUUUCGCUCCUGGAUCCGGCGCGUUCUAUCGACGUAAACGUGAUCACUGCA